AUGCCCAAAACUGAUCUCGGUGAUGUUUGUGGACGCUAUUUAUCCUCGCGUCUGUCAAAACGUACAGAUUCAUCAUUAUCAAGUGAUCAACAAUUAAUAAAACAUUUUUUGAACCACGAAUUUGUAACUACUGAACAUAAAGGAAAUACAAUAUUAAAACAGGAACUCUUUUUAAAACCUUAUACCAAGACUCCACUAGAUCAAUUACGUCAAAAUUAUAAAAUCAACCAACGUGAUAAUAGUGACAAUAGAAAUAAUAUAGUCAUGCCGGCUAAUAAUGAUGUUCUAUUAACUACGUUUAAUAAUAAUACAACGAAUGGCACUAAUGGUACCAAUUCAAAUCAUCAAUAUUGUUCAACAUAUGUCUCAUGUAGUAAUGGUAAUCAUUCAACAUCGCCACCUUCUGAAACGUCCUCGUUAUCGUCAUCGUCAUCGUCGUCAUCAUCAUCUUCUUCUUCUUCUUCUUCAAUGUCAAAUAGUAGUUCAUCGUUAAUGAUGAAUUGGGAAUUAUUAAAAGAUCGCGGUUCCGGUUUAGUUAAUCUUGGCAAUACAUGUUUUAUAAAUGCAUCAUUACAAUGUUUAGCUAAUACUCCUCCACUGGUUCAAUGGCUUUUAUGUAAUUCUCAUUCUCAAUGUUGUCGUGUUAAAUUAGAAAAACAAUUCUGUUUAUUUUGUGAAGCUGAGCGUAUUGUUAGAUUGAUUCAUUCAAAAAAUUCCAAUUCAUCCUUUUCAUCGUCAGUUGGUGCUGCUAAUCCAAAUAAUAUUGUUCGCCGUAUUAAAGAUAUUUCAACUACAUUUAAAAUUGGUCGUCAAGAAGAUGCUAGCGAAUUUCUUAUUUGUUUAAUUGAUAAAAUUGUUGAUGCAUCACUUCGUUCAUCUCAACCGCCAGAACGUUUACGUCCAUCAUCUGGUACAUCUUAUGAACAAUUAUGUCAUUCUCAAACAAUAUUUCAUGAUUUAUUCGGUCUUGUUUUACGUUCACGUGUUGUAUGUUCACGUUGUCGUCAUACAUCAGAUACAUUUGAAGUACAAUAUACAUGGAUUGUUGGCGUACGUAAUCAUACUGAUUUGAGACAAUCGUUACAACAAUUUGUUUGCCGUGAAACAUUAUCAGGAGAAAAUCUAUAUCGUUGCAUUAAAUGUAAACAAUUAGUACAGGCUAUUAAACGAUAUACACUACAUAAAGCAUCAAAGAUUUUAUUAAUUAAUCUAAAACGUUUCGAAUUUGGAAAAAAUUCACAUAAACUAUCACAUCUUGUUCGUUAUCCUGAAUAUUUAAAUGUUACUCCAUACAUGAGCGAUGAAAGUUCUAAUGAUGAAUCAUUGAAUUAUCGUUUGUAUGCGGUUUUAGUUCACGUUGGAUCAUCUAUGCAUUCAGGACAUUAUUUUUCAUAUGUACGUUCACCAAAUAAUCGUUGGAAUAAAGCUGAUGAUAUAACAAUGACACAAUGUGAUUUAAGUCAAGUUUUAGCGCAACAUGGUGCCUAUAUUUUAUGUUAUAUUAAAGAAACAUCAUCAACAAAUACUACAAUAAAUGGUUCUUUAACAACAACAAAUAUAUCAUCAUCAUCGUCAGCGUCGUCGUCAACAACGACUACACAAACAACAACUAGUAAACUUGUCUAUCAAAAUGGAAAAUUGAAUAACAGUGAACAACAGCAAACAGCAACAAAUAAUGUAACGUUCUUUACACCACGUCAAGUUCCCGUACAAAAUCUUCCUAAACAAAUUAAUGGGCAAAAUGGAAAUCUGAAAACAAUGUCCUCAUCUUUGACAAAACCUACUAUUGUAACAUCUAAUUCAGAAUUAACUAAUGGUGGUAGUGCUUUGUCAACUGAAAAACGAGCACCAAUCGUAAUGCGCAUUCCAACUCUGAGUUUUCUAUCAAAUAGGCCGGUUCCACUACAAGAUAAAUCAAUCACAGAUCCACAUUCAAAUUUAACAACAUCUCUCUCUUCCAAACUUGUUAAUAAAUCAAAUUCAAACCCGAUUGUUCUAUCAACAACAAAGAAUAGUAAUUAUACGAUAUCUCCAACAACUUCAUUAUCAACUGUACAAUCGACUUCAUCGCCAUUAAAGUUAAUAAUAAAAGCUUCGGGACCAUCUCCAACACUCAAUGGACUUGCAUCUAUUUCGAAAUCAUAUAAUCAUUAUGAUGAUGAUGAUGAUGAUGACGAUGACGUUGAUGACGAAUAUAAUGAUGAUUCAUCUGAUUUGCAACAACCAGCAACGAAAAAACAACGGACUGAUGAAUCGAAAAUCUCGCCAUCUAUACCACUACUUCCUUGUUCAUCGUCUGCUCCCACUUCUACUCACACUUCGGUUCCUACUUCUAUCUCUUCUCGAACGAAAUCGAUGGAUGAACAAUCUAAUCAUUCAUCAUCAUCGACAACGAAACAUAAGAGGAAGAGGAAAAAGAAGAAAUCUCAUAACCAUCAACAUCAUCACCAUCACAAAACUCAUCAUCAUCAUCAUCAUCGCAAACGAUCUCGACGAGAUAGUAGUCGUCGAAGUCCAUCGCGUUCACCCGUUUUUUCAUCACCAUCACAAUUAAAUUCAUCACCAUCCUCAGUAACUGAUGAUCAGCAUCGGCGACAUCGAAAACGUAAGAAACAUCAUCGUCACAAACGAUAUAGUUCACCAUCAUCAUCGCGCGAACCUUUGUGA